UCAAACAUCGGAUCUGCGCCGGGAACGGGUGACAAAGGAUUACAGGGAAAGGGCGGCUGAAUAUUUUCAAAUAAAGUCAAUAUUGGCGGACAAAUCGUUUUUCAUCUAGCACAAAAUAGAAUGGCUGCAUCCUGCAGCAGCUUUGCAGAGAGGCCUGUGUUUCAGAUCUGACCCGGGAAUGGCUGGCGGAAUGGAGAAUCGCUCCAGGAAAAGGCAAGUUCUGUCUUUCUUUCUAUGUCUGUGUGUGUCCCUGGUGGCGUGUGAGACGAUCCGCUAUUCUGUGCCCGAAGAGAAGAAAAGCGGGUCCCUAGUUGCUAAUAUCGCAAAGGAUUUGAAACUGCAUGUAGGGAAAUUGUCUGGUCGCAGUGCUCGGCUGAUUUCUAAAAGCAGCGAGCAAUAUUUUGAGCUGAACACACGCUCCGGGGAUGUGAUAAUAAAGGAGAAAAUAGACCGCGAGGAUCUGUGCGGACAGAGCGAUCCGUGUUUGCUGCAAUUCGAAAUUGUGUUGGAAAAUCCACUGCAGCUGUACAGAAUAGAGGUGCAGAUAGAUGAUGUGAAUGACAAUUCCCCUAAAUUCUCUAAAAAUGAAUUCCCUUUGGAGCUGCCUGAACAGCUCCCCGUAAAUAGCCGCUUCCCCUUGGAAAGGGCCCAAGAUUCAGACAUAGGAACAAACGGCAUCCAGAGUUACGCAAUCAGCUCCAAUGAGCACUUCAGCCUGGAUGUGCAUUCCCGGGGGGACGGCAGUAAAUACGCGGAGUUGGUGCUAGAGAAACAAUUAGAUCGAGAGGAACAGGCGCAGUUGAUGCUGAUUCUCACAGCCGCCGAUGGGGGCCUUCCACAGAGAACCGGCACAGCCCGAAUACGCGUUAAUGUGCUGGACAGCAACGAUAACUUCCCGCAGUUUAGUCAGUCGGUGUACAAGGUGCAGUUAAUGGAAAAUAGUCCUAAAGGUACUUUGGUCACUAAGGUUGAAGCCAGUGAUUUGGAUCAAGGUUCAAAUGCAGAAAUCACCUAUUCGUUCAGGCAGGUGCCUGACAAAGUCCUCAAGUUAUUUCAGCUAAAUCCGUUCACUGGCGAAAUCACGGUUUUGGGGAUAAUUGAUUUCGAAGACGCAGCAAUGUAUGAAAUAGAAAUUCAGGCCACGGAUGGCGGGGGUCUAUACGCGCACUGCAAAGUCCUGGUACAGAUCAAGGACAUGAAUGACAACGCUCCGGAAGUGACGCUAACAUCCCUCACCAGCACCAUACCCGAGGACUCGUCCCCUGAGACAGUGGUGGCCCUGUUCAGUGUGAGAGACCGAGACUCCGGGGACAAUGGCAGAACGCUCUGCUCCAUUCAGGACAAUGUCCCAUUUGCUUUAAAAUCGACUCUGAAGGAUUAUUACGAGCUUGUUACACAAAAGCCCCUGGACCGAGAGAAAGUGCCUGAGUAUAUCAUAACCAUCACAGCCACAGACCGGGGCACUCCGAGGCUCACCUCAGUGAGGAUCAUCCGAGUUCAGCUCUCGGAUAUUAAUGACAACCCCCCUGUGUUUAAUGAAAGUUCAUACGUCAUGUACCUGAAGGAGAACAACCCCCCGGGCCUGUUGAUUGGAACUGUCCGUGCUGCUGACCUAGACACAGAGCAGAAUGCCAAAGUGACGUAUUCGGCAUCGCCUGGCAACAUCGGUGACUUCCCCUUCUCCUCCUCCAUCUCCAUAAACUCCGAGAACGGGAACGUGUUCGCGCUGCAGUCUCUGGAUUAUGAGCAAACGAGGGAUUUCCAGGUUACAGUGAGAGCUGCAGAUGGCGGGUCCCCGCCACUGAGCUCUGAAGUCAUUGUCCGAGUUGUGAUAAUUGACGAAAAUGACAACGCCCCCUUCAUUUUAUACCCUCUGCAGAACAGCAGCGCCCCCGCUAAUGACCUGGUUCCCAGAUCGGCGGAGGCGGGUUACCUGGUGACGAAGGUGGUGGCUGUGGAUGGAGACUCCGGUCAGAAUUCUUGGCUUUCCUACCAGCUGCUCAAGGCCACAGACCCAAGUCUCUUCACUGUGGGACUCCAAACCGGGGAAGUAAAAACCAGCAGGCCUAUAACGAGCCCGGACUCUGUGAAACAGAAACUUAUCGUCCUGGUUAGAGACAACGGAGAGCCGCCCAGAUCCACCACCUCGACGCUUAAUGUGCUUCUGGUGGAUGGGUUUUCAGACGCCUACAUGCAGUUACUGGAUGUACCACAAGAGGAGGAGCAGCAGGACACGUUAACCCUGUAUCUAGUCAUUUCCUUGUCUUUCAUUUCAUUCCUUUUUCUGGUUUCUGUGGUAACAAUUGUCACCAUCCGGCUGUACAAGACAAGGCAGUGCCGAGAGCAGUAUGUUCCAUCGUCCAGGAACUUUUAUUGUGAUCCCAACUUCCCCACAAAUCCUGCGGAGACGAGCGGCACUGGGACUCUGCCUCAAUCUUAUUGUUAUGAGGUUUGCUUGACAACUGGGUCUGGUACCAGCGAAUUUAAGUUUCUCAGGCCUCUGGUACCUUCUUUACCCGUUGAUCCCAUCGCUGCAGGAGGGUCCAUACUUGACUGUCAGAUUAACUCUUCGCUAAAAGGGGAGAAAGAAUCGGUGAGAGAGCACACUAUAGGAAUGGCUGCAGCAGCAUUGCAGAGAGGCCUGUGUUUCAGAUCUGACCCGGGAAUGGCUGGCGGAAUGGAGAAUCGCUCCAGGAAAAGGGCAGAGCUUCUGUUUCUGAAGACUCCAUACCCAGAUCUUCAGGCGAAGGCUGUAUUGUUAACAAGGUGAUAGGGAUAAAUGAGAACUGUGGUCAAAACGGUUGGCUUUCCUACCAAUAGAUGAGAACAACCAACUCUGUUCUGUUCAACUAUCAGACACCAUAAAGGAGAAAUGAGAAUCAAGAGGCUUAUCGCCCUCCAAGAAACUUUCAAGAAGGUACAGGCCUUUUCUGUAAGAGAUCAAGAAUAUGUAUUUCUACAUUAUGUAAUUCUUUAUUCCUGGUUUUUCACCUAGAUCUUUGUGUUUGUGGUAUGGCUAUUGAAGAAGAGCAGGAGCUCCUAUAGCAUGCUUUCUUUGUAGAUUCCACCUAGCCCUUAGUGUAUUAUUAUUAGAGCUUAACAACUUCUAUUUUAUCUAGAUAUAAAGGAAACAUAAUAAGUCAAACCUAAGUUUUAACAGUAGUUUAUCAUAAACCACCUUCCCUAUGAUUCUUCCUUAUGGAGAUGAUUAUGUAAUAGUGUGUUGAUUUUCUGAAACCUCUUUUCAAUGUACAAGUUUAAUGUUCAAUGAAAAUUAAGACUAAAUUUCAUUUACAAAGUAAUUAUGUAUUAACAAAUAGAAGCUGGUUAAAUUAAAGCUGCUUGGCUGCAAUGUACAUUGCAUAUUUGGUCGAGAGGUUGAGCUUUGUGUAUAUUGUAAAAUAUGUUUUUUCAAAAUUGUAGUCUUUUUUUCUAACCAUAUGAAACUGAAACUAAUAGUUAUAAAACAUUUUGAAAUCCUUGCUUAAAAGAUACCAUAGAAGUGAAGAGUAAUAUUGCAUUAGUAGUAUGUUAGUAAAGUAGGUUCAAAGUGAUACAAUAAACUUUAUACACUUUGUAGUGUGUAAUAAGUUAAGAUAAAUCCCUUUCCUUCUGUCUUCAUUUAAUUUCAUUACCAAAUAUAAUAUUUAAGUUAAAGGGAACAUGGUAUAAUUUUCCACAUUGUUUACGAGGUUUUAAAAAUUGAGUUUCUGGUACCCAUAACACUAAUAAAAACAAUUAU